AUGCGGGCCUACCAGCUCGAGGGCCUGCGCUUCCUCGCGCAGACCUACGAGGACGGCGUGUCGGCGAUCCUCGCCGACGAGAUGGGCCUCGGCAAGACGCUCCAGACGCUGAGCUUCAUCUCGUACCUGCUCCGCGAGCGCAAGGUCUCGGGCCCGUUCCUCGUCAUCUGCCCGCUGAGCGUGCUGAGCUCCUGGCUCGUCGAGGCGUCCAAGUUCUGCCCCGAGCUCCGCGCCGUGAAGCUCCACAGCGCCGACGCCGCGGAGCGCGACCGGCUCAAGGCGACGCUCAAGGACGUCGACAGCUACGACCUCGUCGUGACGACGUUCGAGAUGGCCAAGAGCCAGUCCAUGCAGUCCGUGCUCGGGGGCCAGAUGUGGUGGCGCUACGUGAUCCUGGACGAGGGCCACAUCAUCAAAAACGAGGCGAGCGACAUCAGCAAGGCCGUGCGCCGCUUCCACUUCGAGCACGCGCUGCUGCUGACGGGCACGCCGCUCCAGAACGACCUCCACGAGCUCUGGGCGCUGCUGAACUUCCUCUUCCCCGACGUCUUCCCGGAGAGCGCGGCCUUCGACGCGGCCUUCGACCGCGGCGGCGGCGCGGCGGGCGACGGGUCGCAGCUCCGGCGCGCGAACGAGAUGAUGGCCGCGCUCAUGAAGCGCCGCGUGAAGCAGGAGGUCGAGCAGCGCCUGCCGCCGAAGAUCGAGACGAAGAUCCUCUGCCCGCUCGCGCCGUGCCAGCGCUGGUGGUACAAGCGGCUCCUGCUCCGCCAGAGCCAGCUCCUCGCGGAGCUCGAGAGCGACGCCAAGGACGCGGGCGCGGGCGCCGCGUCGGGCGGCUGGAAGAAGCUCCAGAGCCUGCUGAUGCAGCUCCGCAAGUGCUGCAACCACCCCUACCUCUUCGAGGGCGCGGACCCGGACCCGGGCGUCACGGACGACGCGCUCGUCGAGGCGAGCGGCAAGCUCCACGUCCUCGACCGCCUGCUCACGAAGCUCAAGGCCAAGGGCCACCGCUGCGUCUUGUUUUCCCAGUUCACGUCGACGCUCGACCUCCUCGACGACGUCCUGCGCUACCGCGGCUACGAGUUCUCGCGCCUCGACGGCUCGACGAACCGCGUGCAGCGCACGGUCGACAUCCAGGCCUUCAACGCGCCGGGCAGCGGCGUCUUCCUCUUCCUCAUGUCGACGCGCGCCGGCGGCCUGGGCGUCAACCUGCAGACCGCGGACACGUGCAUCCUCUUCGACAGCGACUGGAAUCCCCAGGCGGACGCCCAAGCGAUGGCGCGCGUGCACCGCAUCGGCCAGACGAAGCCCGUCCACGUCUACCGUUUGGUGACCAAGGGCACCGUCGAGGAGCGCAUCGUCCAGCGCGCGGAGAAGAAGCUGUAUCUCGACUCCAUGGUGAACCGCGACGGCGCGCGCGUCGCGGCCGCGCAGGACGGCGCCGCGGCGGCCGACGCGGCGGACGGCGACGCGCCGACGGGCUCGGAGCUCCUGGCGAGCCUGACGUUCGGGGCCCACGCCAUCGUCAACGGCACGGACGCGGACCGGCCGCUGAGCGACGCGGAGCUCGACGCGAUCAUCGACCGCACGCGGACGGCCGACACGUCGCUCGGCGACGUGCUCUCCGGCGGCGCGGCCCACUCGGCCGAGGGCUUCGAGUCCCAGGCCCAGGCCGUGUCGCUCCACAGCCUCGAGGGCGAGGACUUUUCCGAGAAGGCCGCGGCGACGGCGACGCUCGGCGACCUCGGCCGCGAGUUCGCCGAGGUCCAGAAGCGCGCGCGGAAGAAGCGGACGACGACGCAGCACGUCGUCGGCGUCGGCAACGUCGAGGUGCUCACGUCCGAGU